AGUGCCAAUCCGAAGUCUCGCCACGACGCACCGCCCCCUGGUGGCAGCCGUCGGGGUAGGCUGCGAGAGUGGGAGAGAACCGGGAAGGAGACGCUGCCCUUCCGAAGCAAUGGAGCGAGGCUGCACGAGCAGAAGAUUUUUCUGGAGGCCUGAUUGUCGGCUUGCGACACCGACGUGGAAGCCGCGCCGGAUUUCUGGGCGAACGUUCUAGAACCCAAUGAAUUCUCACCGCCCGCAACCACCGAGAUCCUAUUCCCGAAAUGGCGUUCCGGAGAACCGAGGGGAUGUCCCUCAUCCAAGCUCUUGCCAUGACAGUAGCGGAGAUCCCGGUUUUCCUAUAUACCACGUUUGGUCAGUCUGCCUUCUCUCAGCUGAGGCUCAGCCCAGGCCUGCGCAAGGUGCUGUUCGCCACGGCGCUCGGAACGGUGGCCUUAGCCCUCGCCGCGCAUCAGCUGAAGCGGCGCCGGCGCCGAAAGAAACUGGCCCCCCCGGAAAAAACGGCCCCGAAGCCUGCAGGGGUUCCCGUUCCCAUCCUGCCCACAAGACGCGUCCCUUCGGUGAAAAAAGGGUAUUCCAGCCGGCGGGUGCAGAGCCCCAGCAGCAAAAGCAACGACACCCUGAGUGGCAUCUCGUCCAUCGAGCCAAGCAAACAUUCCAGUUCCUCGCACAGCCUGGCUUCGAUGGCGGCAGUAAAUUCCUCCAGCCCAACACCGGCUUCUGCUGGACCCUGGGAGGACCAGGGGGAUCCGGGAGCUGCUGGCGACUGCAGUGCAGAAAAUCUCUACUUCCAAGGAAUGGAGCUGUUUGAGGAAGCCCUCCUGAAGUGGGAACAGGCCCUGACCAUCAGGCAGAGGGAUCCUGCCACCCCGUCCGUCGCCUGCGACAAUUUAAAGGACCAGGAGCUGCCACUGGGAGAUCUCCCUGAGCAGGAUUCCCAGAAGAGAGAAUUUGCAGAAAAGCUGGAAACCCUGUUGCACCGGGCGUACAACCUCCAGGAAGAGUUUGGCUCCACGUUUCCAGUCGACACCAUGCUGAUAGACCUGGAGAGGACUUUCAUGCUCCCCUUGACGGGAGAGUCUCUGAGACUUCGGGCGGAUGACGAGGAAGACAGCUUGACCUCUGAGGACUCCUUCUUCUCGGCUGCCGAGCUCUUUGACUCCCUGGACAUCGGGGGAACGUCCUUCCCGCUUUCCAAGCCGGCCGCCGCCUACGAAGAAGCUUUACAGUCGGUGAAGGAUGGAAGAGUUCUUUGCAGGACUUUCCGAACAGAGAUUCUAGGCUGCUACAAUGACCAGGACUUCCUAGCCAAACUUCACUGUGUCCGGCAAGCUUUCCAGGAGCUUCUGCAGAUGGAGAGGAACCAGCUGUUUUUCGGAGAAGUCGGGAAGCAGAUGGUCGUGGGCCUGAUGACCAAAGCUGAGAAGAACCCCAAGGGUUUCCUCGAAAAGUAUGACGCCAUGCUGCACUACACGUUGAAGCAGGAGACCUGGCCGACGACGCAGAAGGAGCUGGAAGGACGCGGGGUGGUCUGUAUGAACUUCUUUGAUAUUGUGCUGGAUUUCAUCCUUAUGGAUGCCUUUGAAGAUCUGGAAAACCCACCUUCUUCGGUGUUGGCUGUCCUCCGGAACCGCUGGCUUUCUGACAGCUUCAAAGAGACGGCUCUUGCCACUGCCUGCUGGUCGGUUCUGAAAGCCAAGAGGAGGCUUCUGAUGGUUCCAGAUGGCUUCAUUUCCCAUUUCUACUCGGUCUCCGAACACGUCAGCCCCGUCCUAGCGUUUGGUUUCCUGGGGCCCAAGGAGCACCUUUCGGAAGUCUGCAGCUUCUUCAAGCAUCAGAUCCAGCAGUAUCUGAAGGACAUGUUUGACCUGGACAUUGUGAGGUACGCAAGUGUGUCCUUGCUUGCCGAAGACAUCCUGCAGCUCUCCCGGCGCCGCAGUGAGAUUCUUCUGGGCUACUUGGGGGUCGAAGCCCCGCUGGAAAUGAACGGCACCACGCCCUGUGACGUUGUACCCCUGGACGACUUCAACUAAGCGUGCUUGUUCAGGCGUGGACGAUGCCUUGGAGAACAGACUCCUGCCACCGCCAUGUGGCUGAACCAGUGGCAACAUUUCUCUCUCCUCCCAGGAACACCUUCAGGCGCCGACUGUGUCUGGAAGGGUCGGUGGGGAAAACCUUCGGGGACUUGGAAGCGUGUCGGUGGCUUUCCUGCCGUGCCUCGUGAAUGUUUACGUUUUUAGCAGUCCCGUCUGUUGCAAAACGCACGGGCGAAGCCCUGCCCCGGCCUUGGAAAGCAGCCAGCGCAUCAAACCACUACCCCCCCCGAAGUGUAUGAGCUGAAAUUUGGGGAAUGCGCGUCGGACGCUGGAAGGGAUGGCCGAUUUCACCAGCCCAGUUAGCCCGCUUUCCUGAUGGUCUAUCGCUUCAAACACAAGGGUUUCCUGUGUUUUUAAAACUGUUUCAUUUUUGCAGUGCCUGUCUGUACAUUCAAAUGCAUUCACUCGUUUCUUUUAAUUUUACGAAUUUAUGUGUGUAGCUCUCCAGCGGAGGUUUCUGUAAAGCACUGAGUUAAGAAAAUGAAAAAAAAAAAGGUGUUGGCCUUCCUCAGUCUGGUGCCCUUGGACUAUCUCUCCUAUCUUCCCCAGCCACUGAUGGGGAUUGUAGCCCUGCAUGUCCAAAAGGCUCUUGAUUGGGAAAGGCUGCCCCGCAGAAGGCUUUUAUGUAAGACAGAAGGUCUGUAUUUGGGAAGCUGUGAAUUUCUCCUGCCAUUGGAGGGCAGUUGCCCUUUGUGUAUCUCUGUGUUGUGGUCCAGACACUGGGUUUUUUUUCUCCAUCCACUUUGCAGGAGAGGCAUCUCUCAUAACCUU